AUCCCAACGUCGUCGCAAAUAUUGCAUGGACGUAGUCAGAGAAAUCACCAUUAAUGUGCAGGACACAACUGUGCUGUCUGUUGGUGCUACAAAAAGGAGGAAAAAAAGUGUGUGUGCUGAAAAAAAAGCAGUUUUUAGUGAAUUUUUUUGGGGCAUUUCCACUCAUAGUUGUGGGGUAAAGUGAUUCUGUGGGAAAAAAUCCGGAAAAUUUUGUGAAAAAACGCGUAGAGACGCCAAAAAGGGAUGUGACACCGAGAGAGGGUGGUGAAAAAAAGCCGUGUGUCUGUGUGUGUGGGUGUUGAAAAAGGAAAAUGUGAAGAAAAUCGCCGGGAAAAAUAUUCUCAACAUACAUGAAUGAGCUACGGUGGAUUUUUAAUGGAUUUUUCACCAUUCAAAUGAGCCCCACUGUGGACGACUUUCGAGGCAAUCACAAACAUUUCAAUGGACCUAAUCUCAGUGGAAAUAUAAUGAAAGCUGUGUGAAAUUGAAGGGUUCAUUGCGCCCUGUCUUACCACCCCCACCCCCCCUGAAAAAACACACGUGGAUGAUGCUGUGGAACCUAAAGCCACCGGACGGUGGCUUUCUUCGCGUGGUUUCCCUCCUACUCACCAGCUUCCUCAUUCUUGUCCUCACAGCAAAUGCAGAGGCAACGGAAAAGGAGAAGAAGAGUCAAAUAUAUCAUAUGUCGUUCUUGUGCAAAAAUCACUACCUCCGGCAACUUUAUAGGAAAAUCGAUGGGGCCCUCUUGUGGUCACAGAAUGAAAGGAAUCUCGAUUGUGUCAUCACCUUCCAGACUGAUUCGAUCCUCCAGAGGUUUAUGCUGCGAUUCGAUAUGCUACAACUCGACUGCAAUGAUCAUCUAUACGUGUACGAUAGUGCCCAUGCUGUGGGCAAUCACAAGGCUGAUUUGACGUGCCGCAACACAAAACAAUCAGUUGGGGCUAUUUUCACACGCACCAAUUUCGUGACACUCAAAUAUGUUACCGACAAUUGGGGUACUGACACUAAUGGUUUCAAAUUGGUCAUUACGGCCAUUAAGGAUCCAAAACACUCAUGCAAGGACUUCCGGUGUACUCUACGGGAAUUUUGCAUUCAUCCGGAUCUCGUGUGCGAUGGUGUCAAUAAUUGUGCUGACGGAUCGGACGAAGCUGUUGGUACACUUUGUCCAAUUAGCGAUCCCUACACGAUUCUUGGUUUAGAACUAACAUGGAUCGUACUGGUGGCCGUGAGUGGCUUACUUGUGAUCUGCGCCUGUUGCGUCGGACUCGCCAUCUGCCUAUGUCGGCGAAAUACACGACCAGUAGUUAAUCAAUUUGGCAACAGUAUGCAAUUGCACCCGACAAUUGAAUCAAAUGGAUCAUCAAAGUACAUGCCGGGGUCAACGCUACCUCGUGAAAUUACAUCACUGCCACCGUCGGGAAACUGGCGUCACCCUGCGGGACCAUCAGGGUACCUCCGCAUACAACUCAAUUUGCUGAUGGCCAUAGUCCGUCCCAUUUGCUGCCCGGCAAACUAAGGCAACUCGGACAGCCUGAUCUGUCGCAGUCGGCCGUCGCAUCGGCCGCCCAGAAGGACGAAUGGUUCGUCUGAGGGCUCUUGGGCCAGUCCAAAUGAAGACUGUACGUUUUGGUCAUCACCGCGCAGGGUGUUCCGAGGGGGGUUUGUACCCUAAUCCCUCAUCUUCAUUGUCACUUUGUAUGAAGCAAUUACUCCAACAAAAUCCCGAAUAUAAAAUGGAGGAAUCAUUUUUUUUUCUCUUAAACGUGCAACUCUCAUGAGCACUAUUCCUCCACGGGGACCCCAAUCUUCCACAAAACUCGAAAAUCAUCCUUCAUAAAAGGUGGUAAGUUUAUUUUAUUUUUUUUAUUUACUAAAUUCCUAAAAUUUUCUUUAAUUUCCAUGAGAGUUCUUCUCGACCAAUUUUUUGUAAACAUUUCAAACCUAAAAUUGAAAUAAGAAAAUCUUAGAAUUUAUUCAGGAGACGAAGACAAUCACUUCUCUCCAUUCUAAGGUGAAAAAAUAAAUUAAAAGAAAAGAAAAUCGAUGUAGAGGUAAUUUAUUGAAAUAUUUGUUAAAGAUAGCAAAAGGAAAAUGAAAAAAAAAUGUAACAAUUUAGCAGGAAACAUAUCUCUGGAUUGAAGGGAAAAGGAAUGAUGAUUUCAAUUAAAAAAGAAGUGAGAUAUUUAUUCUAUUAUUUGCAAAAAAAAUGGCGGCUAAUAACGCUUACAGACCUAACCUUAUUUUUACUCUUUGAUAGUUUUCAAGAAAAAAAAUGAAUAAAUUGUCAAUUUAAUAUCAAUGUCAGAAUAUCUAAAAGCAUUUCAUGAGAUUUUGUGUGAAUUUCCUUGCAUAUCUAAACAUAAGUUUUCAAGAGAGAUAAUUUCAAGAAAUCAACAAAAAAUAAAUAAUUUGAAAGCCAUAAUUAAUAAAUUCAAAAUUCAACCGUUAAGCCACCAUUAUGAAUAGAGAAAAGUCAGUAGAAUCUCACAAAACUCAAAAUUCGUUAAAAAAAGUCAUUUUGAUCCCCAAAAUAUUGCAAAAGGAAAGCUUGAUUACUGAAUUGUGCAAAGUGCUAGCUUUUUUCUUUCUUUUCUUUUUAAUUUACCUUAAAAGAGUGAAAGGAAAGAAUUUUCAGAGAGGCACGAUUGUUGUUGAAAUGAAUGCAAAAUGUGGGAGAAUUUUUUUUGUAAGGAAAA